GUGAAACAAAACAUGGCAACCUCAGCAGAACAAGACUGAUGACAAAGUGUAGCAGUACAGAGUCUUUGAACACGGCGCUCCUUAAGCCGGUGGUCCUCGGUGCGCACCCUUCUGUGUUAUGACGUUUCGUGGUUAUGAAAGUAACCCAAAAGCAAGUACGAAAGGUAUCCCAUAAAUUAAUUUCAAAUGUAAAUUUGGUCACGGAAUACAUGCGGUGCACAGCACAAGAAUGCAGUGGGUGCCUGCUCAGCCACGCUGAGGAUGAACAACAUCGCUUAUGAGGUAACUUUUUGAAUUUGGUUACAUCUCCCAAGCAGCAGCCAAUGAAAAGGAAAGCCAUCACCUCCGAAGUGAAAAUGACCAUUAUAAAGCACUCGCCAAUACUGGCUGUUCUUUUGGUUGCGACCGCUCGACUGUCACGACCAUCAUUAAGAAACGGCAGAGGGGUGAAUGAAUAAACAUAAGCAGUUCUCUUUUUUUAUCACUGUUUCAUUUCAUUCUUGUAUUUAAUCUUUUUAUUACUUGAUUUCAUGUGAUAUAAGAGAGAGAUCAUGUGGACUUGUAAGUUGCAUGCUGAAGAAGUGUGUGUGCACCCCUGAUGUACUGUACAUAUAUAAAUACUCAGAAAUAUAGAAGGUGUGUGUCCCAUUACAUCUGGCAUUUCAGAAAAACAACAUCAUAGCCACAGUAAAACGUAGUGGUGGUAGUGUGAUGGUCUUCAGGACCUGGAAGACUUGCUGUGAUCAAUGGAAGCAUGAAUUGUGCUGAAGGAGAAUGUCGGUGACCUCAAGCUGAAAGCAACUUGGGUUCUGCAGCAGGACAAUGAUCCAAAACACACCAGCAAGUCCACCUCUGAAUGGAUGAAGACUUUGGAGUGGUCUAGUCCAAGUCCUGACCUGAAUCCUAUUGAGAUGCUGUGGCAUGACCUUAACAAGGAAAAGCCUCCAAUGUGGCUGAAUGACAACAGUUGUGCUAAAUUCCUCCCCAGCGCUGGAAGAGACUCAUUGCAAGUUAUCACAAACGCUUGAUUGCAGUUGUUGCUGCUAAGGAGGGCCAACCACUUAUUAGCUUUAGGGGGACAUCACCUUUUCACACAGGGACAUGCAGCUUUGGAUUUAAUUCUAAAAUUUCAUUGAAAAAGUGUAUGAAGUGUUGAGUUGUGUUGUCAUUGACUAAUAUUUACAUUUGUUUGAUCAUCUGAAACAUUGAAGUGUGACAAACAUGCAAAAAAGUAGGAAAUCAGGAAGGGCUUGCAGGCUGAAGUGUGAGCGCCCCUGCAGUAGGUGCAGGGUGUAACAGUUAUAGUAACAGCUAUGCAAGAACGCAGCAUGCACUUCUAGUGGUCAGCUAUUCCUGGGCUAAGCGUUGCCAGUCCCACAGCACACCAGGCAAAGACUAAGCGGCUAUGAGGCACACACAUGGUUUGACCUCCCUAGUUGGAGACCAAAACUGGAUAUAGACGAGUCUUGACUCACCAGCCGCCUGAUGGAAAUGUCGUCUUCAUACGCUGCCGCUAUAUCCGCCCUUGUUAAAGCCAGCUCUCCUCACUCUGCUCCAGACCAGCCUGGUAGUCCCAAAUGUGUCCCAUCACCCAGCCCAGUUCUGCAACACUGUCCUCCUGUACAGGCGCAUCCCUCCCCUCCCGUGGCUGUGGGGUCGUAUGAGGAACAGGAGAACCCUGCGGAAUAUGGGAUAGGAGGUUACUAUCCUGUAGAAGUAGGAGAGAUUUUCGAGGACCGAUAUCAAGUUGUGAGAAAGUUGGGAUGGGGUCACUUUUCAACUGUGUGGCUCUGCUGGGACAUGGUGAAAGGGCGUUUUGUGGCGCUGAAGGUGGUGAAGAGCGCUGCGACAUAUAGCGAGACGGCCCUGGAUGAGAUCAAACUUCUGAAAUGUGUGAGGGACAGUGACCCCAGAGAUCCUAAACGCGAAAGCAUUGUGCACCUCAUCGAUGACUUCAGGAUCUCUGGAGUGAAUGGGGAGCAUGUGUGCAUGGUUCUGGAGGUGCUGGGCCACCAUGUCCUGAAGUGGAUCAUCAAGUCCAACUAUAAUGGUCUUCCACUCCCAUGUGUCAAGAUUAUCAUCAGACAGGUUCUGCAGGGUUUGGAGUAUUUGCACACCAAGUGCAAGAUCAUUCACACGGACAUCAAGCCAGAGAACAUCCUCCUGCGGGUGGACGAAGUUUACGUUCACAAAAUGGCAGCCGACACCAAACUGUGGCAACUGCCAGACUCCACUGUGCUGUCCGCAAACUUCACGACUGUGUCACUGAGUUUUAUUUCCUGUACUGAUGUUUCGCAUUUUACUCCAGUGAACUCCAGCGGCAAACAAAAAAAGAGAUUGUCUAACUUAAUGGGAAGGCUGACGGGGGUUUUCCAAACCAUUGGGAAUUGGUCCAGCAAGGCUUCAAGGUCGCACCUUAAACGACUAAUGAGGAAGGAGAAGAAGCAGCAGCAAGGGCAAGAGAGUGACCAUCAAAAUGAAACACAGUGCGCCUCUGUCCUUUCUGACGUGACAACACCCUCGAGCACACGAAGCGCAGCCUGUCAAUCACUGCUUCCAUGUUCUGACCUCAAGUUAAGGAGGCGGACAUUGCUGCUGUCGGAUGCGCCGGACUCACCUGAGCUCCCUCACAGAAACCUCACCUCUUCAUUGCCAGACAUCACCAAAGAUGCUCCCAGAUCAGGAUUUCUACACCAGACGGCAGAGAAAGUCUCGGCCGCUCAUGGAAGCAGCAACUAUGACGUGGCUCUUGACCUCCUGCUGCCACACAACGCUGACAAGCUGCUCAUUAAGAUCGCUGACCUGGGCAAUGCUUGCUGGGUGCACAAACACUUUACUGAGGACAUCCAAACAUGUCAGUACCGCUCUGUGGAGGUCCUGAUCGGUGCUGACUACGGCACCCCGGCUGACAUCUGGAGCACCGCCUGCAUGGCUUUUGAGCUGGCAACAGGAGACUAUCUUUUCGACCCUCAACCAGGGGCCACAUUCUCCCGUGAAGAAGAUCACAUUGCUCACAUUAUUGAACUCCUGGGAGCCCUCCCGUCGCAGUUUGUCCUCUCAGGAAAAAAAUCCAAAAUAUUCUUCAACCAGAAAGGACAACUGAGGCACAUCUCAAAGCUGAAGCCGUGGAGCUUGUUAGAAAUUCUGUUGGAUAAGUACGAGUGGCCCAAGGAUGAAGCGGCCCAGUUCAGCUCGUUCCUCGUGACCAUGUUGCAGCUUCAGCCGGAAAAAAGGGCCACAGCAGCUCAAUGUCUGAAACACCCUUGGAUCACAUCCUAGAAAGUCUUGUUUACGUGUUCGAUGCCACGCCGGGUUUGGAGGCUAUCUUGGAUUUAGUCUGGCGCUGGCAUCAUAGGCAAAGCUUUCUUCACUUUGAAUUCAGGCACAAUGACCAACUAAAAUAUGUUUUCUUAUUUCAAAAGUGCCUUGUAGUUUGACUGCAAUUCUUCCAAAUACCAAUAAACUGUCACAAUAGCAGCUGUGAAGUUCUUCAAUGUACAAAAGCACAGACAAAUACUCAAUGAUUUUAUAUGGCGCCCCCCUCCAUCAGCCGGUGGGUUAAGUCACUGUUGGCGUACUACACUGCUGAUGGGGAUGUCCUACAACGUCAUGUCAAAAAAUCCCAACUGUCCCUUCAAUAGUAAGAGAUUUAAUUUGUUUUAAUUAGGGCUGUCAAAUGAUUAAAAAUCUGAUUAAUCACGGUUUUCAAAUAAUUAAUCAUGAUUAAUCACCAUGUCACACUAUGUUACCUUAUAUUAACUGUCACACUAUCAUAUCACCUUAUGAUUUUCCUGUGCAUUUUAAACUAGCAAAGAGUACAUUUGGAAUACAGGAAGUGAACAAAUGUAUUGCAAUUGGUGUGAAAUGGAUGGGGAGUAGGAUUAAAUAAGUUUUGCUUCUUCCUACUGCUUUUUA